GGUAACCACGGUGAGGACGUAAAGGAACUGUACUACUACCUGGACAGCACGCCCACCCACUCGUACAUGGCGGCGCUGUACAAGUACCCCCAGAAGGCGUACCCGUACGACCACAUCGUGGCUGAGAACAAGCGACGGAGCAAGCUGGAGCCGGAGUACGAGCUGCUGGACACUGGGGAGACAGAGGCGGUAAACCCGGCUCAGCGAGGCACCAAAUGUGCCGCUCACUACGUGCUGGAUGUACCCGGAGGUGAGCAGUGUGUGGUCAGGGCACGUCUGUGUGAGCGCUCACACGCCCCCGCCCCGGGCAACGCCUUCAGCCCCGCCGCCUUUGACCAGCUGUUUGCCAGGAGGAAACAGGAAGCUGACCAGUUCUACGAUGAGGUGAUCGUGUGCAAAGAUGUGGGUCAACCGCAAGGACCCGGACGGACUGAACAUUUUCGAGGGAGGAUUUCUGGGUCUGGACAACAUCGGAGUGUUUGACCGGUCCAAACCGCUGCCCACGGGCGGCAAACUGGCGCAGGCGGACGGCACGGCCUGGAUGGCGUUUUUCUGCGAGCUGAUGGUGGAGUUUAGUCUGAUCCUGUCGCAGCGAGACCAGAUCUACGAGGACAUGGCCAGCAAGUUCUUCGAGCACUUUGUGUACAUCAUGGACGCCAUCAACUACGGCGUGGCGCACCUCUGGGACGAGGAGGACGGCUUCUACUACGACAACAUCAUCUUUGACGACCACCGCCAGCCGCUCAAGAUCCGCUCCAUGGUCGGCAUGGUCCCCCUGUUCUCCUCCCUGGUCCUGUGGGACUCGGAGACCCGCCAACACCCGGGCUUCUACAAGAGGACAAAGUGGUUCCUUGACAACAGGAAGGGGCUGGCUUGUAAAACACAGAUCCUGCGCAAGGCUCGGUCGCCCCACGAGGGAGAGAGCGAGGAUGAGCAAGCCAUCAUGCUCUCCCUUGUCACCCGAGACCAGUUGAUCCGGAUCCUGAAAUACCUGCUGGAUGAGGAGGAGUUUCUCUCUCCCUACGGGAUACGGUCGCUCUCCAAGUCAUCAGACAGGGUGGUCUGCCCUUGCUGUCAACUUCCUGCGUUGCGUCAACAACCACCCGCUGAUCGUAGACCACGCCAGCGCCAUGAUCAACGUCCAGCCGUAAGUCGCUGCGUCUCCCAGAUGUUGGCACACCGUCUGUCUCCCAGAUGUGUCACAUCCUCAAAGUUACAACCUCUCCCAGUCUUCCUGAUGUGUCACAUCCUCAAAGUUACAACAUCUCCCAGUCUUCCUGAUGUGUCACAUCCUCAAAGUUACAACAUCUCCCAGUCUUCCUGAUGUGUCACAUCCUCAAAGUGGUAACAUCGUCUAAGUCUCUCAGGAAGGGCCAGCAGAAGUGAAACUCUUUGACCUUCGUCCAGUGAGUUGAGACUGAGCCACGUUUACGAACACGUAGGCCUACCUUGUGACUGGCAGGCCUCUAGAUGCAGGGAUACUGCUGUGUGAACUCCCCUCUCACUUCCUCUCUCCUCCCACCUCGCCCCUCCCCUUCUCUUCCUGUCUCCUCCCCCUUCCCCUUCCCCUC